UCCACGUCCACAACAACAAGAAGAAGGAGAAGCCGUGGGUGGAAGCACGGGAGGAGGAGAGAGAGGUGAUAGAGAUGGGCAACAGCCUUCGGUGUUGCUUGGCGUGCGUCCUGCCGUGCGGCGCCCUCGACGUGGUUCGCGUGGUGCACCUGAGUGGCCAAGUGGAGGAGUACAGCCGCCACGUCACCGCCGGGGAGAUCCUGGCGGCCAACCCCGACCACGUCCUCAGCAAGCCAUGCAGCUCGCAGGGCGUGGUCCGCCGGAUCCUGAUCGUCUCGCCCGAGUCGGAGCUGAAGCGGGGCGACAUCUACUUCCUCAUCCCCACCUCGACGUUGCCCGACCAGAAGAAGAGCAGCGACGACAAGAGGAAGAAGCAUGCCGAGAACACACGCACGACAGAGAUCCUCGCGGAGAAGAAGCAGCCGAGCCAUCGUCGCCAUAGGAGCGGCCGGGUCGGGGUAUGGCGGCCGCACCUGGAGAGAAUCUGCGAAGACUCAUGAAGCUAGCAGCAGCAGCAGCAGCAGCACAGACUCGUGUAACCAUCCGUUCCUCCAUCCUCCAUGGAGACGAGCAAAUCUGUAGAACUUGUAGACCUUUUUAACGAUGAUCUUCUCAUCUAAUAAAGAGAAUGAUCAGCUCGUUCAGAAUCGUUGUUCACGAGGGAUCAGCCAUGCAAUCGAUCGACAACCUGUAACUCCACAUUUGUCUUGCUCCAUGAACAGAAAACAUUACAGAAAAAGCUACGAAAGGAUCUAACGUUGUCGAAUCAGUAUCCAACCGGUAGAUUGCUACAGGAGAAAUCAAACUGAACCAAACCAAAGGCUCACUGUUGAUCCGCAUGCUGGCUGUGUCUUGUUUCUUGAGUGGAGAGAGAUCUGUAUCUUCCUCGUGCAGUCUACGACUGACAAAUCUGAUCAACCUGAACAAAAGAUAAUGAGAAUUUUCUGCUCGAUCUGUUUGCCAUCCUAAGAAAAGUGGAGCUGCAGUAAGAAGGGAGGUUGUGCGUGGCUCCAGAAAACGUGUGGCUGCAGCCUUGCAGGUUUAGUAAAACAAUGAUACAGUAGUAUACAUGUUGCCCGAGGGAAGAGAUCAAAUUUGAUACUUGUGCUACAACAGAAGAAAUCCCUUGAGGAGAAGAGAGAGAGAGAGAGAGAGAGAGGCUAAGGGAAUUGAUUAAAGACGAGGGUAUACAGCUAAUAAGGUGCAAUUGUUUAAUUGGAUCUUUUGACUACAGCUCUUGGAUCCAUAUCAACAGAUUGUUGAGGAGAAUAUAUAUAUAGUGAAUAUGAUUCCAGAAUCCACUAUUUUAUGCUGCAGUGGCAGCUAAGAGGUGUGGGGACAAGCAGUCUAGAGAUGUAGAAUAAGGAGUAGCACAGAAUCAUGGGGUCUUGCUGAGGUUAGAAUAUGGAUCAAUGAUUGGUUGUCAAUGACAUGGUUUGUUGGAGAAGAAGAUCAUGGUAAGAUUGAUGAGAAAGACAUCACAAAACUGCAUGCACGAAGAUGAUGAUAUGGGAGCAGAAGGUGAGACUAAACAACUACUGUUGAAUCAAUGACACUAAAAAGUUUGGGAUGGGGGAGAAGAAUUGGUGUCCUGAGAUCUGAGAACACAGACAAAAGUUGUAGUUUGGUGCAUGGACUCCCCAUGAUCUCACAUCUCAUGCACUUCUUGCAGCAAGACACAAGAAUGUGUUGCUAGCUGGCACUUAUUUUCUCUCUCUCUCUCUCUCUCUCUCUCUCUCUUGACAUAGCUUUCAUAACCUAAUAACCAUUAGAGGUCUAUUCCUACACAUCAAAUCAUGUUCUAAGGUAUUCAAUUAAUGCAAUUAUUGCAGGACACAUCCCUAACCAGCUUUCUUAUCACCAGUUUAUCUUCCUAAUGGUAAAAAAAAUCAUUAAUGUGGAGUCUGAAAAGGAUCAAUGUUAAAAAAAAAAAAAAAUCUUACUAAUAUGGAGUCUGAAAAAGAUCAAUGUAGGAGAAUCCUUAUCAGCUUAUCUUCAUCUAGACAUCAAAUGUAGGUAUCAUCAUCUCAUAGAUUGAGCCUGAACAAUAUAAUAAGAUGGAUAUGAGUUAAAAGGCAAGGUUGAGCAUAGUUGGGAAUAAUUAGGCUCGGCCUGAAUUGACAUGAUUCUAUGGUUCCAUGUAU